AUGAUGUCAGCUCCGGUGCUUGCAUUGCCGAAUUUUGAGGAACAGUUUGUUGUAGAAUCUGAUGCUUCAGGCUAUGGUUUGGGUGCCGUGUUGAUGCAGAAUCAGAGACCCAUUGGAUUUUUCAGUUCAGGGCUAUCAGCAAGAGAGCAGAUUAAGCCGAUAUACGAGAGAGAGCUCAUGGCUAUUGUCUUAGCUAUUCAGAAGUGGAGACCUUACCUUUUGGGCAGGAGAUUUUUGGUCCAUACAGAUCAGAAGAGUUUAAAAUUCUUGCUGGAACAGAGAAAAGUUUCGAUGGACUAUCAAAAGUGGCUAACCAAGUUAUUAGGCUAUGACUUUGAGAUCAUUUAUAAACCGGGCAUUGAGAACAAAGCGGCAGAUGGUCUUUCACGAAUCAAUCCUGAAUCUAUACGUUUGGCAGCGUUGACUGUUCCAACAAGCUUACACAUUCAAGAUAUUUUGCGAGAAAUUGAGAAUGAUAGCAAGAUUCAGGAGAGGAUAAAAAGAGUAGAAGCUGGUACAGAAGAGAGAAGAGAAUAUUCAGUUGUCAAAGGGAAAUUGAUGUAUAAGGGAAGAGACACAAAUACUCAACCCUGUCCAUUACCUAUACCAGAUCGCAUUUGGGAAGCGCUAUCAAUGGACUUCAUUGAAGGAUUACCUUUAUCUCAAGGAACAAAUGUGAUUUUUGUUGUGGUGGAUCGACUUAGUAAAUAUGCUCACUUUGUGAAGCUGAAGCAUCCAUUUACGGCGGCUGAUGUAGCUCAGAAGUUCACACAAGAGGUGGUGAGGUUACAUGGAUUUCCUUUAUCCAUUGUAUCUGACAGAGAUAAAAUCCUUGAGUUCGUUUUGGAGGGAACUCUUUAA